CCCAGAAUGCUUUGAGAAGGGACUUCAGACGUAGGACGGGAAAAAUAAUUCCUGAUUCUGGUGUUUGAGUACUUUGCGUCGGAUGUCUACCUUUUGGAAUUGAAACGCGUUUAAUAGUACACAUUUAACCGACGUGGAAGUUUGAUCAAGGAUUUGAUCUGGUUGAUGUCGUAGUUAUCGUUUCUCUUACGGCUUUUGUCCUCCAGCCUACGAUGGCCUCCCUCCCUGCCCCCUUGAUCCCGUCAUCCUGACCGUUAACCCCCAGACGACCCAUGGAAGACCUGGAUGCUCUGAGAGGUCUACCCAGGUCCCCUCCUCCUGAGGACACUCUUUCUCUGUCCCUGUCCACCACCGAUUCCAUCAACAUAGAAGAUGGCCACUACAGCGCCUUGCAAGCAGACCUGGAGGCUGACGCUUGUGACCUGGACAGGGAGUCGUGGAGUGUCUCUGUGGACCAGCUGUACAUAAAGACCCUGCCCAAAGACACCGUCAAGAGACAGGACGUCAUCUACGAGUUGAUCCAAACCGAGGUGCACCAUGUCCGGACCCUGAAGCUGCUCAGUGUGUACCGGUAUGAGCUGAGACACAGCCUACAGGUGCCAGAGCCCAAACUGGAGAGGAUGUUCCCUCAGUUGGACCGCCUGCUGCAAAUCCACCAACAAUUCCUCUAUGGUCUGAGAGAACGUCGGGAUGAACAGAAUCAUUAUGUGGUCACACAGCUUGGAGAAAUACUUAUCAGCCAGUUUUCAGGUGAGAUUGGGGACAGGAUGAAGUUGAGUUAUGGGCUGUUCUGCAGUCACCACACGGAUGCAGUCAGCUUCUACAAAGAUCAGCUACAGAACAACAAGAAGUUCCAGAACCUGAUUACGAAAAUCAGUCGGUUGUCCAUAGUGCGCCGAUUAGGAGUCCCAGAAUGUAUUCUGUUGGUGACUCAGCGGAUCACAAAAUACCCAGUCCUGGUGGAACGCAUUCUACAGAACACUGAAGCUGACACUGAGGAACAUGGUGCCUUAACCCAGGCCCUGGUUCUGAUCAAAGAGACCAUCUCUGCUGUGGACUCCCAGGUCCAUGACUAUGAGAGGGCUUUCAAGCUGGACGACAUCAUCAACAGGUUGGAUCCCCGUUCCUUUGGCAAACUGAAGAAAGGACCGCCGCUAUCGAGAGACGACCUGAAAGAGGGGUCCAGAACCCUGAUCCACGAGGGGACCGUUAACUGGCGGGCGGCUAAUGGACGACUCAAAGAGAUCUAUGCGGUCCUGUUGUCCGAUAUCCUGCUGCUAAUGCAAAAGGAAAAGGACCAGAAAAUCACAUUUGCCAAUUUAGACAACAAGCCUUCGGUCAUCUCCCUCCAGGUGCUCAUCAUGAGGGAGCUGGCCCACGACGAUAAUGCCAUGUAUCUGAUUAGUGACUCGUCCAGCUUCCCAGAGAUGUAUGAGAUACACGCCACCUCUAAAGAGGAGCGCAACGUCUGGAUGAGCCUCAUACGAGACGCUGUCGACAGUUGCCCCACCGAACAGGAGGAUGCCAUGCUAGCUGUGCUUAGAGAAUUCCAAGAGCGUAUGUAUAAGAAAGAUGCCCAGGUCAUGCAGAGCCUGACAGAGAAGCUGCAAUUGCUGGCUGAAAUGGCAGAAGCUGUGGCAGGGCUGGGGGAUGUAGCAAACCACUCUCACCUGCUGUUUCACGGGGAUGCCUCGGACCUCCAGCAAGGGGCAACACUGCUCAAUGGGAUCAUCACUGAGGUGGAAGGUCUGCAGAUCCUGCUCCUCUCCAAUGUGACUAAGAGAGACCCCAACCCCGCUCCAGAGGACCAGCUCGGACCAGGGGGUUUGGGUCUGAGGUUAAGAGAGCUACGACACGAUCCACCAGGGCUGGGGAACCUGGUUGCACUGAGUAGAGCCAAAACCUUUGGGGGCUAUGACUGCAACCUCAUUACCCCAACAAAGAAUGGUAGUAUACCGCAAGAAGAGUGGCCAGGCACUGUUGCGGGACGACCUCUAGACAGGCGUCAGCAUUCAAACUCUGACCCACAGCUACAGGACUUUGACCCAUCGGAAGGUUCGGAAAUGUCGCUUCUGGAUAGACUACAGCGGCUCUCACAGAAACUCUACAGUCUGCUGGCCAUUGUCUCCCAGCAGGACAGCUACAUUGAAAUGCAGCGCGCCACCCUGGCUGAGUACGAGCGUUCAUGGCGUCCUUGUGGCAAUGUGCUCCUGGAGAAGGAGAAACAACGGAACCUGGAGAAACAGCGAGAAGAAAUGGCCAACUUCCACAAGCUACAGAUACAGCACAAACAAGAGCAGGCUCGCUGGGAGAAGGAGCUGGAGCGACAACACCGAAAGAUGGAGGGGAUGGAUGCAGAGCUGAGACGUCGAGAGGAGGAGUGUACGAGACUGGAGGAGAAGCUAGCAGAGGAGAGGGGGGAGUUAGAAAGACAGAGAGAGGCCUACCAAAAGGACCUGGAGCGAUUGAGGGAGUCAGCGCAAACUGUGGAGAAAGAGAAGGAACGACUGGAUCAACAGAUGAAGCUGAAGAAGAACAACAGCAUCUUGGGUUUUAGUGCUCAGCAGUCCCAUUCAUCCCGAGACUACCUCAUCCACUCUGCCUCCUUCCACGGGGACCCACACUAUUCCCUGUCGCCGCGGGAAAACAUCUCCCACUCCCAAUCGUUUCAUGUGGAGGACCUGACGAGUCGUCGGUCCCCGGGAGGAGAUGUGACCAGCAGGCUGAGCUCCAGGGUCCACUCACGCCCCAGCUUCUCCCCGAACCCGGAUGCCCCUCCGAUUCCCCCUCGUAGGGAAAGCAUCAGCCCUGUGCUGCCUAAAGCAGAGGUCCCCCUCCACCUGAUCAGCACCACAAACCAGGUGGUUCACAAGGCAGGGGUCAUUCAGCAGCAGAUCCCCACUAAACUGGCAGCCCCGAGCAGCAAAGCCAAGGAGAAGACCAGCAAGAAGGGAUCCCACCACCGAACACACAGCGCAGCAUCUAUAGACAUCUCUCAGGUGAUACCGAUCAUAGUAAUAGGAAAAGAGAGCGGGAGUCUGAAAGGGAAGAAGAAGAAGAAGAAGAUGAAUGUGAGUCUGCUCAAAAGCAAUGAGUCAGAUGGUUUCUUCAGGCCUGUAGAGCUGGUGUCCAAUGCCAAACCCUCCCAGGCCCAGAUCAGCAAUAGGAUGAACAACCAGAGCUUUGACCCUCCCCCCAGACAGGACCAAUCACCACCUAUCCCUCCACCCUUCCCAGAAGAUGUAGCACAUCAAUCAACCCUAUAAGAAGCAGUGCGGUUGGCCAGAGGUAUGUCAAUACCCGCCCACUACUGAUUUUGUUUGUUGUCAUCUUGAGUUAUUUUUGAAUUGCCAAAGAUGUUUAUUUUGUUCUAAAUAGUGCUUAUGUUGUAUUUUAUAAGGAAACUGACCUCUUUGCUCUCUGACCACCCUUUGCACUCAAGUCCCCUUCACUUUUUAAUGCCUUUUUAAAGGUGAUUCUUAUCCAGUUGUUAGGCGGAUUUUUAAGCUGUUUAUUAUUUUAACAUGUUCACAGAUUUGUCAGUGAGUACCUAAAACACUUUUUUUAAUCUUUGAAAAUCAGAAUGUCUUUAAUGUUAGAAUGUAUGGAAAUAUACAAUACCUGUAAGUUUUUUUUCUUUUGUUUUUUUUUCUUGUUAGUGCGUCAUCAUUAAUUCAGAUUAAUUAAUAUUUGUAUUGUUUUCCACUCAUCUGAACACCAUACUCCACACUUUUAAAAUGAUUUAGUUGUUAUUGUGAUAUGUAUGAAAAAUACAAAACUGAAAUAUAGUAUGUAAGUUUCCACAACCCUGAUUUAAUACUUGGUGGGAGCACCUUUGGAAAUAAUUAGAGCUGUGAGGGGAGACCUGGACGGGGUUCCGGGGGUGACCUGGACGGGGUUCCGGGGGUG